AUGAGUAUCAGCUUUGCUCAAAGUAGCUCUUCUAGAGUAGGAAGUGGUGUCUCCUCCCGGCUCUCCAGGGGUGUCUAUGGAGCAUCAAGUGUUCAUGGGGGCUAUGGAAGUUCAGGGAUUUCCCAAAGCAUUCCUAGACAAAUGUCUUCUGGUUUUGGAAGUGCCCACCCUGGGUAUGGUUUUGUGUCAUCCUUUGGCAGUGGUUCUGUCCACAGUGCAGGUCAUUCCUCUUCUGGGGGAGAUGGCUUACUCUCUGGGAAUGAAAAAUAUACUAUGCAGAAUUUGAAUGACCGCCUGUCCACCUACCUAGACAGUGUUCGGUCCUUGGAGGAAUCCAACAGUGACCUUGAGCGCAAAAUCCAUGAGUGGUAUGAGAAGCAAGGUUCAGUCACUGUGCGCGAGCAGAACUAUUCUCACUACUACACAACAAUUGAUGAGUUACGUGAGAAGAUUCUCAAUGCCUCAAUUGAAAACAACCAGGUCAUUUUGGCUAUUGACAAUGCAAGAUUGGCUGCUGAUGACUUCAAACUGAAGUAUGAGAAUGAGCUCUCUUUGCGGAUGAGUGUGGAAGCGGAUAUCAAUGGUUUGCGCAAAGUACUUGAUGAGCUGACCCUUUCCAGAGCUGACCUUGAAUUGCAAAUUGAAAACCUGAAGGAAGAGCUGGCUUAUCUCAAGAAGAACCAUGAAGAGGAGAUGGGUGAGAUGGGUCAAAAGAUGAGUGGAACAGUUAAUGUGGAGAUGGAUGCUGCUCCUGGGACUGACUUAAGUAAAAUCUUGUCUGAGAUGAGAGAGCAAUAUGAAUACCUCUCAGAAAAGAACCGUCGGGAUGCUGAGGCUUGGUUUCUGACUCAGAGUGAAUCCCUUCACAAGGAGGUCGUAACCCACACAGAACAGGUGCAGAGCAGUAAGACUGAAAUCACAGAGCUCCGUCGCAAUUUGCAGAGCUUAGAAAUUGAGCUUCAAUCUCAAUACAGCACGAAAGCUGGCCUGGAGGCCUCACAAAGAGAGAUCGAGUCACGUUAUGCUGCCCAGCUAAACCACAUUCAGUCAGUGAUUAGCAGCAAUGAAGCCCAGCUGGGGGAUCUCCGCUCUGACCAGGAACGCCAGAACUUGGAAUAUAAGGCCCUCUUAGAAAUUAAGGCUCACCUAGAGGCAGAGAUUACCACUUACCGUAAACUGCUGGAGGAGCAUGACAACAUGAGUGGAACAAACAGAGAGAGUUCAGGUACCAAUGUGAGCUCCACAACCACGACCACUACCAAAGUCCACACGACUGUGAAGGAAGAGACAGCCUCAACCGACAAAAAGUGAAAAUAAGUUCAGCAAAGUUUCUUGUUCCAAGACUUCUAAAUCAAUAAACCAUUAAACAUAUGCUAGCUCUGCCCUUGUUUUAUUCUAAUGCACAAUUCUAGAAAAUGAUAUAGCUAUACAGAGCUAUGGCUUAUACAAUGUUCAUUCCUUUAUCCCAUGCAAAAAUUACAAUAAAUAUUCUGCAUUUGU